CGAGCCCACAGGCAAAGCAGGCCUUCCUCACUCUCUUACCAUCGCCAUGAUCUUCCACACAGGACCAACGAAGCCUGCCCUGGUGCUGCUUGGCUGUAUAGGAACCUGGCUGGCCAUCUGCAGCUUGUCCUUCGGUGCCCCAAUACCGAAGGAAGACUUAAGAAUUACACUUGACAACUUGAAACAAGAGUCUAAGGAUCUUUAUGAAAACUAUACCAGAAAGGAGGCAUAUGGGAUGUCAGCGGAUGAGUCCCUACAGCUGCCGUGUUUCAACCUGGCCCGGGAAGCAUUAACCAACAUCUCAAUCAUCAUAGCACAUCUGGAGAAAGUUAAAGUGUUGAGCAAGAACACAGUAGAUACUUCUUGGGUCAUAAGAUGGUUAAAAAACAUCAGCUGUUCCAACCCACUGAAUUUAAACAUUUCUGUGCCUGGAAACACCGACGAAUCCUACGAUCGUAAAAUGUUCGUGCUUAUGGUUUUAAAGCAGUUCUCAAACUGCAUGGCAAAACUGCAGGCUGAGGACAGUAUAUGCUGAGUGAUGGGGGUGAGGGGGGGGGAACUAGUGUCCUCAGCAGUGCCUGUCCUUCGAGGGCCAAGCUUGCAACCCAGGACUUAACUCCAAAGGGACUGUGCGGUAGUUACUAGUCAUGUUAUUUAUAUGGUUUUUUUAUUCUGUCCACUGAAAUCUUGUUCUUCUACCCUGUAGGGACUAGAAGUGGCAGCUAUAUUUAUUUAUUGGUAUUUAUGUACUGAGUUUGUUAACGCUCCACGGAGGAGCCCUCUCAGAGUCUAUUUAAUAAAUUAUAUUGACCUGAUC